CACAAGAAGCCCAGCCCAAGAAAAAAGCCCAUGAUACUGCUUCGUCUUUCUCCCUCGCACUCUCAGUAUCCGAACACAGUUUCCCACUGCAAUUCUUCGAAGGUGGGUAGAUUGGUUGGAAUGGUGUGUACUAGUGACAUGGAGCAAAAGCAGAAAGAACCAUUUAGGGAAGCAUCCGAAGAAGUAUCUCGCGAGUUCAAAACCCUAAUCGACUCUCAACAUUUGGAUUCCCUCAAGCAAAUGCAGAAUCUCAUAUUGGGAAGGUUACAAGAUAGCAAUGCUGUACUAUCACAUUUUAACGAGUACUCUGAAAACUGCUUUGCGGAGGUUUCUGGAGAUUUUUCCAGAAAUACAAAAGUAUUGAAGUCUAUGAAAACAGAUCUUGACUAUGUUUUUCUAAAGCUAAGGAGCAUGAAGUCGAGAAUUUUAUCUACCUAUCCAGAUGCGUUUCCAAAUGAUUUGGAAAGAAGAGUACUCGACUGUAGACCAGACUUGGAAACACCUCAUUAACGGUGGGCUGCAGUCCUAGACUACAUGUUAUGAUAAGACACCCCUUGGAUUAUGAAUUUGUUUUUUUUUUUGCCUUUUUAUUUUCAAAUAUUUAAUUUCAAAUUUAUAAUAAACUUCAAAUUUAAAUAAGUUUAAUUGGAUUAUGUUUGGUUGGAUCACGUACACUUGAAUUUACAAAUCUCUUUUCUAUAUAA